UCAGCUGGCAUAUGGCAUGGCGCAGCGUAUCUCCUCUACCAAGGAAGCACUAGCCCAUUUUUGCCCAAGUAAAAAUGCGGCUAUAAAGCACGAAAUGCGCAUAAUAGAGUCUGGCCACCAUUAUAUGCGCCCAGCAAAGUAUUUUAACUUCGUGACGCGGAAAUGGAGCCCAGUGGUAGUCUAUGGUCUUGAGUUGACCGAAAUUCCGUUCAUGCGGAGCCUUCAACAUAUCACGGAACGUAUUAUUCAAGCACUGGAGAUGGAACGGAGGUUACAACCCGAUGUUGAUUUUGAGGCCACUUUUAGUGCACUCUCCGAUCUCGAGGCCCUAGAAGUGAUAUCUGUCAGUGAAUUUAUCGACUCUUACCCGAAUCACCUUCAAUACUAA